ACUUGUGCUCAUCGCUCCACGUUGUGGACGACGUGACGUGACGGCGUGACCACGUGAGAGAGAGGGGAGGGAUGACAGUAUCCGCCCACUGUGGAGUGGUGUUGGGGCUGGUGUGGGAUGGUCUGCCGCCGUGAUCGUCGUGUGUGUUCACCGUGACGGAGCGUCGAAUCUUAUAUGGUCACUGGUACAGCCCUAGCCGGUGCAGCUUGAUGCGACUGCACGCAGUGCAGGAUCUGGAAUCGCAGUAAUCGCACAUAAAAUCCAAGGGCCGGGCGCGCGCCGAGCGAAGCGCAGCUUUCACGAGGGAGCAUCGCGAUACGCCCGUCCCGUCGCGCCGAGAGUUAAUAAGGUUGCCUUGCUAGUGUUGGUGCGAGAAUAUGGCUAUAUUUAGCGUAUGACGGCUAGCCGUUUUGGAGCAGGAACGGUGCUGUCGCUCGGCGACAUAAUCACCUCACUCGCGCGCAUCUGCCCCGUCUGUGUUUACGAUCGGUUUAUGAUAACGGGACGGAAAAAAUGGAAGAUAUAUUCCAGUGGUGUCGCGAAGGCAACGCUAUGCAGGUUCGCGUCUGGCUGGACGACACCGAGCAUGACAUGAAUCAAGGCGACGACCAUGGAUUCAGCCCACUUCACUGGUGCUCCAAAGAGGGACACUUGAAAUUGGCAGAGUUGCUUGUCAGUAGAGGAGCACGCAUCAACGCUACCAACAGGGGAGACGACACGCCUUUGCAUCUCGCUUCCGCACAUGGACACAAGGAAAUAGUACAGUUGUUACUUCGAAAUCGCGCCGACGUAAACGUCACCAACGAACAUGGAAACACUGCCCUGCAUUACGCUUGUUUUUGGGGCGAUCAAGCGGUCGCGGAGGAAUUGGUCGCGGCUGGUGCACUCGUGUCUAUUGCUAAUAAGGAUGGUGACACCCCGCUCGAUAAAGCCAGGGGUGUCGUGGCCAAAAGAUUGCACGAUCUGGCGGUGGAAUAUGGACAAGACUUGAAGAAGAUUCAGUUCAAGGAUCAGAGCUGGUUAGGCUUGAAGACCAGGAGCCGAGACGCGACUCUGUCGAGGCACAAAGGCAUUAGCAUGGCGGAGCUGUCUCUGCACACGCACCUCGCGAGCACACCGAGCGGUGAGACUUGGAGAGGACGAUGGCAGAACAAUGACAUCGUCGCCAAGAUCUUGAGCGUUCGCGAGUGCACCGCGCGUGUCUCCAGGGACUUCAACGAGGAGUUCCCGAAGUUAAGAAUCUUCUCGCACCCGAACGUGCUGCCGGUGCUCGGCUGCGUGAAUCAGCCGCCGCAAUUGGCGACCGUGUCCCAGUUCAUGGCGCGCGGUAGCUUGCACCGACUCCUGCACGGUGGAACGGGUGUCGUGGUGGAUACAGCGCGUGCCCUUCGACUGGCCCUGGACGUUGCCAGGGCCAUGGCAUUUCUUCACGGAUUAGACCGACAAAAUAGGUGUCGAUUUCAUCUCAACAGUAAGCACAUCAUGAUCGAUGAGGAUUUAACGGCUCGCGUAAACAUGGCGGACUCAAAGUUCUCCUUUCAAGAAGUCGGGCGAAUUUACGAACCGGCAUGGAUGUCACCCGAGGCCCUGAGUAAACGUCCAGUGGACAUUAAUUUGGAGGCUAGUGAUAUGUGGAGCUUCGCUGUUCUUCUGUGGGAAUUGGCGACCAGGGAAGUGCCAUUUGCAGAUUUGUCACCGAUGGAGUGUGGCAUGAAGAUCGCGCUGGAGGAUUUACGUGUAAGCAUUCCACCGGGAAUUUCUCCGCAUCUCGCAAAACUCAUCCGAAUCUGCAUGAAUGAGGAUCCAGGCAAGCGGCCGUCCUUCGAUAUGGUCGUACCGAUUCUUGACAAGAUGAAACGUUAAAAGGUGCCUGUUACUUUUCCGGUAAUGCAUUCAGAGGAGAAAAGUUGGGAUGUAAAUCAAGAAUGAUCGAAGAGUGCCUAACGAAUCUCUAUAUUUAUUGUAAACUGCCUUAAAGAAUUGUUAUUAACAACGAUAGAAUAUUUUUAUAUCAUUGUGUUCUACUAGCGGACGCAUAUACUGCCUUUUAAUUAGGUUUCUAAAUACUGCCUGAAGUAGGUUUCUAGAACCAAUUGUUUAACUCUGUUCUUUAUAUAUAUAUAUAUAUAUAUAUAUAUAUAUAUAUAUAUGAUAUAAUAUUUAUAGAGAAGCAAAAUGUCUAUAUUCGUAACACAAUUAAAUUUUUAAAUGUGGAGUUCUCGAAAACCGUAUGUAUAUUUGGCAUUUGGUAUAUUUAAUGAGAUUGCUAAAGCUUUUAAUAUAAAAGUAAUAGAAUAUAUAUAUUUACAACAUUAUUUACAAAUUAGAAGACAUAUUUUUUAUAAAACUUUUAAUGACACCUCUUCUAUAUCUACGUCAACAGACAUAUUGUGAAUAUUAUCUGUAUAUUGAAUUUAAAACGAUUAAUAAAAUUAAAUAUAUAGUUAUUCAUGUUUA